AUGGCGCGGUUCUCGCCCGAGUGCGCCGUGGUGCUGCUGGAGCACCUGGACACGCCGGUGACGCGGUUCCUGCUCAGCCACCCGCUGCUGUCGCAGAUCUUCGAGCCCCAGAAAAAGGAGGAAUCCAGCUUCAUGCCGGAAGAUGCGGUUCUGGCAUCUGUUGGCAUCGUGAAAUGCGGCCCAGACCGCGGGCUGCUGGUGUCGGAGAGCAUGUGCCUGGCUCUGGAGGAGCUGAUCCAAGCAUGCUGUGCUGAAGAUGAAGGUGUCCCGGUGAUGCUGGUGUGUGGCCCCAAAAACACUGGGAAAUCCACAUUUAACAGAUACCUAAUUAAUCUGUUACUGAAUCGCCUUCCCUCAGUUGAAUAUAUGGAAUGUGACAUAGGUCAAACCGAAUUUACACCACCUGGAUGCGUGUCUUUAAGUAACAUAACAGAGCCAGUUCUUGGUCCACCAUUCACUCAUCAGCAAACACCACGUAAGAUGGUGUAUUAUGGACAGACUAGUUGUGAGCAGGACACGGAAAGAUACCUCGAUGUAGUGAAGUAUGUGUUCAGCUCCUACAAGAAGGAAGUGCCUUUAGUCAUCAACACCAUGGGCUGGGUGAAAGGUGAGGGGCUGCUGCUCCUGAUUGACAUCAUCCGGCUGUUGUCCCCCAGUCACAUCGUUCAGAUGGACCUGUGCGACUGGAAGGCCAUGGCCCUGCUCACCCCCGAGUACGUUCACCUCACUCCUGGCCUCUACACCAAGGGCAAGCAACAGGCCAAGCGCAAGCGGAUGCGCGUGGCUGGUGCAGAGCACUGGAGCCUCCCUGAGGGGGAGGGAGAUGCCUCUACUCCUGAGUAUAAGUUACUGUACGUCCACCCGGAAUUCCCUCGAGCAGGGGUUGCAGGCAAAGCGCGAGUGCACAGCAGCAUCCUGCGUGACAUGUCCAUUCUGGGCUACCUGGGACAGCUGCAGUCCCCCGACAUCGGGGCAGUGCUUCCGCUGCACAGUCUUGUGCCGUAUCAGGUACCUUUCAAUGCUGUUGCACUCAGGGUUAUCCACACUGAUGUUGCUCCCACCAACAUCAUGUAUGCAGUGAACGCCAGCUGGGUCGGGCUGUGCAGGAUACCAGAUGAAAUUAGAUGCCAGAGCGAGGGGCCGGUCUUGCUGACACAGACACCGGUCUGUGAUUGCCUCGGCUUUGGAAUUGUCCGAGGGGUUGACAUAGAUAAGAAGCUUUACCACGUCCUGACGCCAGUGCCUCCAGAGAACCUGAGACUAGUGAAUUGUCUGCUCCUUGGAAAUAUUGCAAUCCCAAACUGUGUUCUUGUGGGCCAGCAAGGAGUUGAGGGUGAGAUCCCCUACGUCACGUCUGACUACAACUACAACAUCUUGGGGUCUGGAAAGCUGAAAAAGAAGAAGCUUGGCAAGAGGAGGGAGUAUGCAUUUGAGUGUGAUUACACCUGA